GUGAGGUUAUGUAACAGCAACUUCUAUUUUUUUGACGAAUUUUGAAUUGAAAUAUGUGACGUCCGAAUUAUCUUAACUUAUCUGUGGCGAUUUAAUUUCAACUGGCCUAUACAACCACUAGCUGGCACCGUUAUACUAUGCUUCAUUGAAUAGUUACUUAACCAUGUAAUUAGAAAUCACUGCCACUUGUACCUCUACAACUCCUUCAAACAUCAUGGAAUUGAAUGUAAAAUUUUACAUAAUUUGCUUCUUGGACUCUCUGGCUCUGGGCCUGUUCCUUCCUAUUUUAGCCUCGCACAUUACAUCUUUGGGUGGUACGCACACUGUUUUAGGCACAUUAGCUACUCUAUACACAAUUACUCGCCUCUUUGCUGGGAGUUUAACGCGAACUUGGAUAGAUGCUUUCGGCAAAAAGGCCACUUUACUACUUAUUCUCGCGAUUAAUUACGUUGUUUACAUACCGUUUGGCACCACAACAUCUUAUUUCUACAUCAUUCUAUUACGUUUGCUAGUUGGAUUAACGAGUCAAAUUCAUCAUGUCUGCAAUUCAUUUGUGGCAGAACACAACUCCAAAGAAAGUCUUCCCAAUGUACAAAGUAUUACGAACGUAAUGUCUGUGGCCGGCUUUGUGAUAGGUCCAAUGAUUAGUGGUGCAAUUUAUGAACAGGCGGAUGGUUUUUAUUAUAUUUGUAGGCUUGCGGCAAUAUUUCUGUUUAUUUGCAUUCUUAUUGCCGUAACACUGCCCAACUCGAGUAGUACAAGUUCAGAGACCCCCGGGACAUUUUUAACGAGAAGUGCGGCCGAUUUGCUGAGGAAAUUUGGUAGACUUAACAAAUUGAAGAUGAAGGAAGAUUGGCAUUUUGUAAUUUUAAAGUUUUUGCACAGUGUAAGUGCAACAGUGUUUUUUAUGAAAUUUUCCAUGCUUUUAAAAGUACGUUACCAAUUGUCAAUGCCAGUAAUUGGUUGUUCCUAUUCAUACCAAGGUAGUUUAACAUUUUUGGCACCGUUUAUCACCGCAUUUCUUAAUAUUUCCAAGUCCUCUUCUGCAAUUAUAACGUCUUUGUUUAUUGCCACAGCAGGUUUUAUGGGUUUAUGUUUUGCCAACACUUACGAUUGGUAUUUAAUUAGUUUUAUUCCAAUGAUUCUUGCUCAUACUUUAUUAAUUACACUUUGGAAAAAUGCCUUUACGGAACGAUCAACGAAAGAUCACGAAAUUGAGGGUGUUCAAGAUGGUAUUGGAGAGGUAGCUUCUAUCGCAACACCUUUUAUUUUCGGCGUAUUCUGUGAUUUAUAUGGCGUCCACGCUUUGCAAGCAUUCACGAUUAUUCCUAUGCUGAUAAGCAUAUUAAUCGCCGUUAUUACAAUAUGCCCCCCUACUCCUAUGAAAACGAAAAAGAAGACAAAAUAAACAUUCCAAAUUUAACUAGGCUCAUUCCUUAUGUAUUGCAAAUUAGUAGGUACUUGAGUAUAAUUACUCAAUUAGCCAAGGGCAGUGCCUUAAAAAAAUUAAUUACCCACUAUUUUUGGAUAGUGUGUUUAUAUGCAUUUUAAAAAUGUGUAAAGUAAUUAUAGUUUAUCAAAGUUUUAUUGUACAAAGCAUGUAAACCAUUAAAGCUAGUUAUUAUUCGUUAUUUUUA